UGAGCAUCCGCCUGGCUCCAGGCUGCUGCUCUCGGCCCGCAGAUCCGGGGCUGAGCUUCCCGGGUCAGACGCUGCCGCCGCCUCCAUCGUGAGCCGGGAGCCCGGGCUGAGCCGCUGCCGCUGCCCAGCGGGGUGUGUGCGGGGAGAGCCCUUCCCCAGCGCCCCUCGGGGCCCAGCCGCGGGGACUUUCUCCGGGGGCUGGAAUCAGCCCCUGGGCAGCCCCGGGCUCUGCCGACACCAGCCCCUGAGCCGGAGCCUGCAGACGGACCUCGGAUCUGAUACCGUCUGGCCGUGACUGUCUUCUUCUUUAUGAUCAUCCCAUCCCCUUAAGAGACAGGGAAGGGAAAUGGCUGCAGUGGAGCUGGUGACGUUCGAGGAGGUGGCUGUGUAUUUCUCCGAGGAGGAAUGGGCUCUGCUGGACCCGGGUCAGAGAGCCCUCUACAGGGAAGUCAUGCAGGAGAAUUAUGAGACUGUGACCUCACUGGCAGGAUUUCCAAUUUCCAAACCUGUUGUGAUCUCCUGGCUGGAACGAGGGGAGGAGUCAUGGGUCUCUGAUAUCAAAGGGUACAAAGAAAGGGAGAGCCCAAGAGAUGCCCACACAGCAGCUAAUGGGACAGUGAGUGAGAAUGAGGAGAAGAAUCCUCAGCCAGAGGAACUGCAUGGAGUGCUGUUGGAAAGAGCCGAAGAGGACGUUUCCCAGAGUCCUGAGCAGGGAGAAGCCCGUGAGAGCCAGCACAGGCCAGAGACACAGCAGGGAAUCCAGCCAGGGGAGAGAUGGGAUAAAUUGAUUCAUCGGAGCAGAAAGGCGAAGAAAAUGAAAGAAACUGUUCCUGCUGGAGAGAGACCCAACACAUGCGGUGACUGUGGGAAAAACUUCUGUUGGAGAUUAGACCUGAUUAGACACCAAAGAACCCACACGGGAGAAAAACCCUAUAACUGCCCUGACUGCGAGAGAAGCUUCAGACGGAGCUCAACCCUUAUUGAACAUCAGAGAAUCCACAGUGGAGAGAAGCCUUAUAAGUGCCCUGACUGUGAGAAAAGCUUUCGUUGGAGCUCAAACCUCACUACACAUCAGAGAUUCCAUACAGGAGAGAGACCCUAUAAGUGUCCUGAAUGUGAGAAAAGCUUCUGUUGCAGCUCAGACCUCACAAAACACCAGAGAACCCACAGUGGAGAGAAGCCCCAUAAGUGCCCCAACUGCGAGAAAAGCUUCAGAAGCAGGUCAGAACUCACUCAGCACCAGAGAACCCAUACGGGAGAGAGACCCUACAGAUGCACUGUAUGUGGGAAAAGCUUCCCUCAAAGCUCACAGCUUCUGCUACACCACAGAAUCCACACGGGAGAGAGACCCUAUAACUGCCCCAACUGCGGGAAAAGCUUCAGUUGGAAAUCAAACCUUAUUAAUCACCAGAGAAUCCACACGGGGGAGAGACCCUAUAAUUGUCACGACUGUGGGAAAUGCUUCAAUCAGAGCUCAAACCUUAACAAACACCAGAGAAUCCACAGAGGACAAAAGCACUAAAAGUGUCAUACUAGUGAUGGGCCAAGUGAAUAACACCUUUGCUGGUUCCCAUCAAUCUGAGAGGGUCAGGCCAGGCUGGACUGGCCGUCUAACAAGGACAUGCAACAGUUAUUAAAGCAGAGAAUGAAACCACCUUCUUGGAACAGAGCCAUGCGGAGCAAGAGACUGAGAUAAGAUUCACACAUUGUGAUGGGGUUUGAUUACAACUUCUCAAGAAGUUCUGAACAUCCUCUGAUCGGCUCUUACAGUUUAGUUUGGUGCUAGUAACCUAGAACCAUCUUUAUUUUAUAAGCUGCAAAUUGUUUAUUCCUGAUAGUGUCUUAAGUGGAGGGGAGGGUGUCUUAAGCCCAGCCCCUGUCAUGGAGAAAGAUGCCUAUGUUCAGUCUGCAGGGAGACACCAAUCUCCGCUUACCAUUCACAAACCAGGAAUGACAGGCACUCCUCUGGCUAUGGGGCCACAUUCAGUAGGAGUGUUCAGAGGCUGCCUAACUCCACUCAAAACAACCUGACUGGGGGAAGAGGAGGCUUUAUCUCAUAACCUUUAGCGCAGUGGUUAGGGCACUUACCAGAGGGGAGAGACCCAGUUCAAGUCUGCCUGAUCAGAAGAAGGGCUUUGCAACCUCUGUGGUGAGUGCCCAGGUACUGAGCUAUGGGAUAUACCGAUGGGUGGGUGGGGCCUCUCAGUCUACCCUGUGGAAGCUGUUCCACUGUGCAAAAAUACUAAAAGACUCAUUGGGCCAAAGAGACUGAAAACGAUGUUAUAGGACACCCUCCAGCAAGGUGGGAGACCCAGGGUCCAGUCCCUUGCUCCAAUGAUGCUUUCAGUAUCUAUUCACAGGGCACUGUCCUGUGAGCUAGUCAAUUCCUUUUCAAAUCCCUUCUCAUCAGGCAGAGGAAGGGACACUUCAAGUGUGUGUGUCGGGGGGGUAUCGUCUCCCACAUCCUUUUCAAGCACCCUAACCACUGGGCUGAAAAUUAGGAGGGAGGGCCAUCUCCUUUCACCCUCCCCCAUCCUCCCAGCUAUUUUGUGUGGAGCUAGGCAGCCUCUGAACAUGCCUGCCAGAUUGAGCCUCUGGCUACCUUCCCCUCAUCUGUGAGUUGCGAUGAGGCUUAGGGGAGAGGCUAGGGCUUGGGUGCCUAGGGUGAGGCAGCCUCAUGCACAUCCAGAAGCAGGAACAUAGGCAUCUAAUGCAGGGUUUCUCAAACUGGGGGUUGGGACCCCUCAGGGGGUCGUGCGGUUAUUACAUGGGGGAUCACGAGCUGUCAGCCUCCGCACCAAAUCCCUCUUUGCCUCCAGCAUUUACAAUGGUGUUAAAUAUAUUAAAAAGUGUUUUCAAUGUAUAAGGGGGGUUGCACUCAGAGGCUUGCUAUGUCAAAGGGGUCACCAGUGCAAAAGUCUGAGAACCACUGAUCUAGAGGAUUUUUACUGCAAAAACGUAGGUGCCGAGUGAGGUUAAGAGCCUACAGGGAUAGAUGGCACCUGAGUGGGAGUGCUGUUAUCACAGGGGUGCCUAGAAAGGUGCCUAAGAACCUUUGAAUCUCCCCCGCCACCUUACUUAGUACAAUGCAUACAUACAGAUGAAGAGAUGGGCUCAGUUAGAUUGUCAAUGUGAUGUCCUGACUUGGCUCUGGGCACUGAGCAGGACAAUGAUUUAUUUGUGACUUUCUUGCUUUGAACCAGAAAGUUUGGGUUGGUCCUGCUUUGAGCAUGGGAUUGGACUAGAUGACCUCCUGAGUUCUCUUCCAACUCUAAUCUUCUAUGAUUCUGGAAGAAUGGGGUGGAUCUGAGUCCCAGGGUAUGAAAAUGGGCAUUUGUGGAGCUGGGGCCUCCAAGAAAGUCUCUUAUGGGUCUGUUUUACACAGUAUAAACUAUCAAGUGUGAUUACACUGGGGUUCUGUUUUUUAUUCCUAUUAGUUCCCAUCAACUCAUAGAUCUGGAAGGUUUAACUAGAUGUCUGAGUUACUGACUAUUACCAGUAGCGUUACACACUUCUUCUGUCAUGGAUCUGCCGUUCCCCAUUUUGAGACCUGUAUCCUUUACAAAGUCCUCUAUGACUACAUUCCACAGAAUUCAUAAUUAAUCUGAUUACAUGUAGAAUCCAGGUUCACUAAAUACACUGUAGUUCCACUGUUAUUAACUUCUUAUUUCAUUUUUCUGAUGCAGGCAUUUAGCACAAAAAUAUAAAAAAAACACUUUAGACUCAGGACAAUGAAAAUACAUAGAAAUUAAUUCCCUGGAAUGUAAUAAUAGCUGAUCAACCUUUGUGGACAUUAAUGGUGUUGUGAUUCCUUCUGUGGUGCCUAAAUGUCUGAUUUUGACCGCUGAGUAUGCAAUUUUCAUACGCUUUUCCUUAAAAGUGAUACCAUUACGAUUUAAUGAAAUAGCUCACACUUGAAUCAUGUAUUCUUGCAUUUAAACAUAAGCAAGGCCUGAUUUUAGGCCAAGUUACCUACAGUUGAACCCUGAAAUGAGUUAAA